AACAAUACCAAAAACACAAAGAACAAAAAAUUGUUUUGGAGGUUUUUUCUUCGGUAUGCCAUUCUUAACCACGUAUGUUACAAUUAUUAAUACUGUAUAUAAAUUGUGUCAUUAAGACAUUGGUUAACAUUUUUAACUAUUGGAAAUAUUGUAAACUUUCAGGUGAAGACCAAACAAUUUAGAAGUCAUGUAAGUUUAAAAAAUAAGUUUGAUUUUUUUUAGUUUAAUAAGUAAUCUUUAAAUAAUUGGUUUUACAUAGCUAAUAGUUAAUAUAUUUUUUUUUUUUUAUAUAAACAUGCAACAGUUUUGAGCAAUCUUGAUUAGUUUCAUCACUUCAUCAGCCGUAGCACCUGGACAUUUAGUUUUUUUACUUGUGCACUGUACACAGUACUGCUUUUAGCUAAAUUUGAAGAUUUAAACAGUAUGCAUAUUUUAUAACAUUAUUACUAGUUAAUUAACUAGAUUUUAUUAUAAAUAAUUAUUAUUUUGUGAAAAUCAUUUUAUGAUUUAAGGCAAUGUAUUCAAUUAGUAGCACUGAAUUAAUGCUCAUUGUCUUGAUAAUUGGAACUGUAUUAUGUGCUGUAAUCAUUUUAAUAAUCAUUGCUAUACGUUGUUACUAUAAAAAGAGAUUGGCUUCAAUGACAUUAUAUUUUAUUCCAUCAGAGCCAGAAUCUAUCAGUUGGGGUAAGUAUCAAAUUACAUUAUACAUUAUAAUGUUAUGUUAGGUAAAUCACAAUAUCUAGGCACUUAUCAACAUCUUAGGUUACUGGUGUAUGUAUCAUAAAUCAUCAAACACAAUGGUAAAUGUUAUAAAUUAUAAAUAUAAAAAUUGAAAUAUAACCAUUUUACAAUGAGUAAUUAAAUAAGAAUUUCAUAGUUUUUUGGACAGACAAAAGAUUAACCAAAAAUUAGUUAAAAAUGUUUAUUUACAUAUUCGAUACCUACUUAUUAGAAUUAGAAACUUUAAAUUAAACUAUUUUUUAUAACAACCUGAACUAAACCAUUUGAAUUGCACAGUUUCAAACUUUAAUUUUUUUAAUAUAAUAAUACUAGCCCAGAUCACUGUUUUUGCUGGAUCAAAUGUUUAAUUAUUUAAAUUAUAAAGAUAAACAUAAAUCUGCAUUUACUUUGACUUUGCUCAUGUGCAGUUUAGUGUAUGUGUGUUCCCCCAUUUUGCUCUGAAUUAGUACCUACUGGGAGCAUUCCAUCACAAGCUAUUCGGCCUUCUUGGAAACCAACUAUAUGAGUUCAAUUAAUGAAUACCCCUUGGAAAGCUUCCUCUUUAUUCCCCUCACAAUUAUAAAGCAUUUUAAUCUUCUUGAGAAUAUUACUCCUUCUACCUGUUGGGUGGAAGCAUGUCUCCUAUGGCAUGUGUCUAUGUUAGUAUUGAACAAUAACAUUUAUUUUUAUAUUUUUUUUAAAUUAUCCAUUAUCACCAUAAUACCUAUACUAGUUUUCGAUUGUUACCUUUUAUAUAAAUAUAUAAUAUACUGUACAUAGUACUAAUAGUUUUCUUACACCUGGACCUUUAGUGGAUGCCUACAGUAUAAAAGGUACCUACUGUGAACAUUUUUAGUUUCUAACCCCAGUUUCUUUAAUACAGCUAGUCUAGUAUUAUAUUUAUCUGGUACAAUCAGUAAAUCUAUACCUAAUACAUUUAAAAAAAACAGAAGCAUAAUUUUUUUUCUUAUACGAGGAAAUCAAAAUAAAUUGUAUACAAUUUUCUGAUGGCACUAUGAAAUAUGUAAAAAGAAUAACAAAUGCCUUAAAAACCUAAAAAUGCACUUAAAAAGUCAAAAAAUAAUAAAGUUCUAAAAAUGCAAAAUAAAAGUUUAAUAUCUUAAUUCUCUGAUACAUGAAACAAAUGUUGUGCUUGGAAAGCACUGUUUUAGGACUUUCAGAAAAAAAUGUAAUUUGCGCCUUAUUAUUAAGUAAUAUUAUAGUAAACAAUUUUUCUCUGAUAUUUAUUUCUUAGAGAAUAUUUUUAUGCUUAACCCUUUGAGACAUUGUGGUAUUAUAGUGAAAGCACCUAUUUUUUGUUUAUUUUUAGUAUAUAAUAUGAUGCUAACUUUUAAUAUUUUCCAAGAAAAAAAUUUUCAAAAACAAUGUGUGCCCCAAAUGAUUAAAGAAUAAUUUGUUUGAAAAUAUUUUAGGUUUUUAAAAAUAUUUUCCUAAUAAUUUUCUCCACUUACAUUACUUCAAUACAUCAUUAAUAGAUGAUAUUAGUUACACUGUCUGCUAAUGAUUUUUUUUUUUUUUUUAUUAUAAACUAAUAUUUUACAGAAUAUGAACCUGAUGAAUGGGAAGUUCCAAGACAUGAAAUUGAUAUUAUUAAACCAAUAGCUCGUGGUUCUUUUGGUAGAGUAUAUAGUGGUAAUUGGACACAUAAUAAUAAAAUAAUACACUGUGCUUUAAAAGCUGCUGAUACCCACAGUGAUGCACUUAACCGUAAAUUACUUUCUGAAGCCAAUAUUAUGAAGUAAGUUUUAACAAAUAAAAAUCUAAUGUAAAUAUUAGAAUUAUUCAUGUGUGUUACAUAUGUUUUUAUAAAUAUAAAUAUAUCUUUAUAUCUGUGUAUAUUUCUAAAGGGACUUUUGUGCAACUCAUGUUGUUCGUCUUUAUGGAGUUGUAUCACAAAAUGAUCCAGUAUUUAUUCUAACAGAAUACAUGGAACAGGGUGAUCUUAAAUCAUUUUUGCGCUUACACUGUCUAGAACAUGAUGAUGGCUUUUGUUUUGCUGCUCCAACAUUAACAGUAUUUAAAUUUAUUAAAAUUAAUUUACAAUGAGUUUCUAAUAUAAAUUAUUUAUUAAUAGGAUAUUUUACGUAUGGCUAUUGAAAUUGCUGAUGGAAUGGCAUACCUUACAUUCAAAAAAUAUGUUCAUAGAGAUUUAUCAGCUUCAAAUUGCCUAGUUAGUGCCAACAAUGUAGUUAAAGUUGGAGGUUUUGGUCUUGCAAGAGAUGUUUAUCAGACUGAGUAUUAUAAAGAAAGUAAAUGUUUAUCAUUAUUUUCAAUCUCUUUGUUAUAUUUAUAUGUAUGUUAAUUUAAUUUUAGAUUCUACAGGUAUGAUGCCAAUCAGAUGGAUGGCUCCAGAAAGUCUUCACACUGGACUUUUUACUUGUUUUUCUGAUGUGUGGAGCUUCGGUGUUGUAUUGUGGGAGAUAGCCACACUAGGAACUCAUCCUUAUACUGUAGAUAUAACAUUAUAUAAAUGUGUUUUUUUUUUUUACAUAAAAACUUCUUUUUCCUAGGAUGAAAAUGACAAGGAUGUUAUAUCAUAUGUAACCGGUGGUGGUAUUAUGGAAAAACCAGAUGGUUGUCCAGACAUGUUAUAUGAUUUUAUGAAACUCUGUUGGUGUUUUAAAGCUUCAGAUCGGCCUACAUUUAAUGAGCUAGUGAGAAGAUUAUUGCCCUGUGCUCGUGCUGAUUUUGAACAGUUAUCAUUUUAUCAUAAUGGAUUAUUAUCAGAAACUGUAAAUAAUAGAGAAGUUGAUGCACCUAUAAAUGGCAUUCCUAACAAAAAUAUUUUAAUAAAAGAAUGUAAUGAAACAGAACACAGAAAUGUACCUAAGAUAUUGACAAAUCAAGAGAAUGUGGAUCAUGUUUUGAGAGGAUCAUCUUUGCCCCUUGAACAAAUAAUACCAUAAGCAAAUUUGGAACAUGGAAUAUAAGACUUGCAUUCUUCUUACAUUAAAACCAUAAGCAUGUAUUAGUAUAAAAACCACAAGGCUAACUAUAAUUUGAUAAUACAUUUUUUUUCUUUUAUGCUUAUUUAGUUCUUUAUAUUAAAUAUUCAGAGACGGGUCUAUAUUAUUUGUAUGUACAUUUAUUUCAUACAAUUAAAAUUUUCAAUAUAUAUGAUUACAGUUUUUAGUUUGUGAGGUCUUGUACAAUGUAAAAAAUUUUAAUUUUUUUUAUUAUUCAUUCUUGUGUUGUUUAAUAUGUUGGUACUUACAAAAUUAAUUUUAAUGAUCACCUAUAAGUUAAUAAUACACACAAGUAUAAGGAAAAGACUUAAUUCAAGUUUGCAUAUCUCUAAUACAAUUUAUUAAACAUUAAAUUUUCAAAUUGUUGAUGAUAGAAUCAUUGAAUUUUUCCAGACAAAACUGCUAAAACAUUGAAACUUGAACAAUUUAUUUUUAUGACAUUUUUAAAUUUGUAUGUGACAUUCUAUACUUAAUUCAAAUUAACUAAUUUGUUUUACUUUAAUGUAUCAUAAUAAUUGUAUAAUGUUUAUUUUCAUUAUGAAUCUAAUUUUCUUGUAAUAUAAUUUUCAAUACAUCUAAUAUCUCCCAUAUCUCUAUUUACAAUGCUUUUAAUGUUUGCAAGUUACCCACAACAUUUAAAAUCAAUUUAAAAUAUCUUAAUGCCAAAUAAUUAUUAACUGUAAUAAAUAAUUUAGUAGCCUGUGUAUUUUCUUAAUAAUACAUGUUAAUAUUGGUUUAAGAACAGGUCUUUUUUCUUAUGUGUUCAUUUGUGUUCAAUUUAUAGUCUUUAAAAAUAUAAAAAUAUUCAUUUUAAGAUACAUUUCUUAUUCAGGACUAAUAUUAACAAAAUAAAAGUGCAAAAACAAAUAACAGAUUAUUUACAGUUUUGUGUAUUCAUUUAAUGAAGUAAGUAGUUAAAAAAAAACACUUCUUAUUUCAAGAAAUUUUAAAAUACAGUGUACUCCCGAUUAUCCGUGGAAUAGGAUGGCAGGAUAUCCACGGAUAAAUGAAUUCCGCAGAUAAUCCACAAAAUUAAAUUUUAUAAUAAAAACUAAAUUGGAAAUUGAAAUUGAAAAUUAUUAUAACGUGUGUAUAAUUAAAAAAAUACACUUUAUAAUAAUACAACUUAAUAAAAAUUAUAAAUUAUUUAUGUGCAUAAAAAUCAGUCACCCAAUUAAACCUAUAAUGAUUUAUAAUGGAAAGAUACAAUACGUAUAUAUUUUUUUGUAUACAUAUAGGUAUGUAGACGAUUCCAUGGAAGACAGCGGAUAAUUGGGAGUACACUGUAUGUUUUGAGUCAGUUAAUAAUAAUAGAACCUACAUUUUAAAUAAAAACACGAUUUACAUAAUUAUUUAAGGUAGUUGUAAAUGUUUUUAAUAACAAAAUUUAUUUAUAAUUUGUAAUUUUAAGAUAUAUUUUUAAUCAGUUCUAACAAUAAUAGAAUCUAAAUUUUUAAAUUAAAACACGAUUUACAUAAUUAUUUAAGGUAGUUGUAAAUGUUUUUAAUAACAAAAUUUAUUUAUAAUUUGUAAUUUUAAGAUAAAUUUAUUUAUAAUUUGUAAUUUUAAGAUAAUUUUUGUGUUCAGUGUCAAUAUUAAAAUAAAAAAUAAAAUAUUUACAGUUUUAUAUAUGUUUAUAAUGUACUUAAAAGUAAAAAGAAAAUUUUUUAAAAAA